AUUAUGGAUAUAUUGCCAUUGAAUUUCCGGGUUCUCUGGUUCUGCGGUGCGUGGAGCGAAAAAAAGGAUAACAAUCUUUUCGUUCGUUUCUUAAGUUUCUGCUACAAAUAUGCCAUUGUUAUUUUAAUAUACGAGUUUACGAUAUCGGAAGUAAUCGAGCUUGUAAGGACGCACGACGACAUAGAAGAUAUAACCGAAGGACUCUUCCUAGCGUUAACUUAUGUAGCUUUAUGCUGUAAAUACGGAAACUUCUUAGUGCGACGAAACGAAGUGACCAUGUUGUUGGACUGUUUUCGAAGCGCAACGUGUCAGCCAAGAAAUUCCGAAGAAAGAAUGAUUCUUAUUAAGUACGAUCGCAAAGCCAAGUGGUGCGUCAAAGCUUUCAUGAGUAUAUCUCAAGCUACUUGCAUAGCUCUUAUACUCGCUCCCAUCGUGGGACCCCAGAAAACCGACAGACCUCUGCCGUUCAAGACAUACCUGCCGUACUCGAUAUCCGGCUUAUAUCCGUAUUUGUUGACCUAUCUUAAUCAUGUAGGCGCAAUAUUUUACGGGGUAUUACUGAACGUCUCGUUCGACUCCCUCGUCUACGGCUUCACCCUUCACGUCUGCGGGCAGAUCGAGCUGCUGUGUUAUCGUCUGUCAAAGAUUUUUAAGGAUCAUCCCGAGCAGUAUCUAAUCGACCCGGGCGCGAUGAUCAGCGAGUGCGUGAGACAUCACUUAUACGUACACGAGAUCGUGCGCAGGAUACAGUCGUUGUUUGUGUGGACCGUGACGAUUUUAUUCAUUUUCAGCAUGGUCACUCUGUGCACCAGUAUUUUCCAAAUGUCCAAGAAAAAGCUUCUCAGCGUCGGAUUUCUCUCGUUGACUUUGUACCUCGGCAGUAUGCUGUUUCAAGUGUUCUUUUACUGUUGGUAUGGAAACGAGCUUCAAUUAAAGGUGAUUAGAAAUUUCGUGUGUCUGAUAAUUCAUUAAAUUAAAGCCCGAUUUCG